AUGGGCUGCUGCACGGGGCGCUGCACGCUGAUCUUCCUCUGCUCGCUGCAGCUGCUGGCAGCAUUAGAGAGACAAAUCUUUGACUUCCUGGGUUUCCAGUGGGCUCCUAUCCUUGGCAAUUUCCUGCAAAUAAUAGUUGUCAUUUUGGGUUUGUUUGGAACCAUCCAGUUUAGGCCUCGAUACAUAGUCGUGUACACGGUGUGGACUGCCCUGUGGGUCACCUGGAAUGUUUUCAUUAUCUGCUUCUAUUUGGAAGUAGGCGGGCUCUCUAAGGAAACGGAUCUCAUGACCUUUAACAUCUCCAUGCACCGCUCUUGGUGGCGGGAGCACGGGCCUGGCUGUAUACGAAGGGUGGUGCGUCCUUCUUCCCCUGGCAUCCUAGAGGAUUACUCCUACGUCUCUGUGACAGGCUGCAUCAUUGAUUUCCAGUACCUGGAGGUCAUUCACAGCGCUAUCCAAAUACUCCUCUCUCUGAUUGGAUUUGUGUAUGCCUGUUAUGUGAUCAGUAUUUUCAUGGAGGAGGAGGACAGCUUUGAUUUCAUAGGUGGACUUGACACAUACUCCUACCGACAGCCCCCCCAGGAACAUGUUGAGUUAAAGCCUGUAAAGCCUGUAGGUAAGGUUCUGGUCCCAUGGACCACAUUAAUCCUUCUAACUGAACUGAACUGAAAGCUAACCUUCUCCUAAAAUAAUUUGGGCAUCAGAUUACUAAUAAUUUAAUUAUAUUUUAAUUAGAACUUAAUUAAAAAUUAAUCCACAUAAAACAUUCGA